UUAUCAAUCGUUUGCCUAAUUAUUACUAUAAUAUUAUACUGUUUGCUGCCCGAUUUAAGAAAUCUACCCGGAAAGUUAACCAUGGGAUUAUCCCUGUCAUUGAUUUUAGCACAAGGGUUGUUGAUUUUGCCAAAUUUGCCCAGACCAAUCUGUCGGUACUUCGCUGCCGUCACUCACUACUCGUGGCUGACAGUAUUUAUGUGGAUGGCAGUCAUUGCUGUUAACAUGUUACGGACGUUCCACCCGAAAACGAUGCACGGCGGCUCGGAAUGGCUGGGUGGAAACGCUUUUAUACGUUUAUCGUCAAUUUGUUUGAUAUCUCCGGCCGUUCUGUGUAUUAUUUUGACAAUACUUGACCAAUUUCCGGGCGGUCAUCUCCAUGUCAAUUACGGCCAAGCCUCCUGUCUUUGGAUGUCUAACAUUGACGGUUAUAUUUAUAUGUUUUUUGUACCAGUCGGUACAGUCCUAUUAAUCAGCUCCGUCUGUUUCUGCAUGACAUUGUACUAUAUUGAAAAAACAAUGGCGGCAACCGACAUGAUCACGGGUCGAAAACGAGACCGGGAACGAUGCGUCAUGUAUAUAAAAUUGUCGUCCGUGAUGGGAUUUUCCUGGAUAUUUGGGUUUGUAGCAAGUUUCAGUAAUGUCGAGGCCUUAUGGUACGUGUAUAUUAUCCUGAACGGACUACAAGGCGUUUUUAUUUUCUUCUCGUUUGGUAUGACGUCACGAACGAGAAAAAUG